ACCCAAGUUCACGGUUACCGCGGCCGCAAGCGAAGGGCAGAGAGAUUCCCCCGCCCGCCUUUACUCUAAGACGCCGGAGGGGCCCCUCCCUCUGGGAACCGCGGAGUCCCAUUUCCGAAAGUGACCCGCCUUGCUUCUGAGGGACUUGCCUGCGAACGCCGCAGGGGUGUGCAUUUCUCCGAGUCUGAUAAUCCCAGCCAACGCCGGCCCGACAAGAGUUUAAGUCAGCUCCCGGGGCGUCUGUUUGUUUAUUGGCUCUUAAGGAAAAAAGUUUGAGGAUUUUCAACCAACCUCAGACCUGGCGCAAGCGGAAAUCUCGGCAUCUCUCCAGCAAAAGUCAUCUAAUUUCAAGUCGUUAUAUAAGUGGGGGCAUUAACUCUCCAUACUCCGAGCUCUCUCAUUACUACUCCAGGAGUAAAUUGUAUACCUCUUUAAAAAAUUUUUUUUAGUUGUUAUUAUUUCCCUGAGCCCAAGGACCAGGGAAAGCGCAGGCAGCGCCCUGGGCGCGCGGCAGCCCCACCCGCGCGCUGCGGGAGGGUCGCGGGGUCCGGGGUGCCGCAGGCAACCAGCGAGCAGCCGGGCCGCGCAGUCCCUCAUUCGCCACUCCACGUGGUCAGGAUCAACAGUUUGUUGAGCUCAUCAGUGACACCUUGAACUUUUCAUAAAGAAAAUGGGUAUUGCAUCGGGAGGGUUCGGCCGCGGCUGCCGGCCUGAGUCGUACUUAAUAUUCAGUGAUCUCGCUCGCGCCGACCCCUCCUUCUACUCGCAGAAAUUCCACCGAGUCCGUUACAGGGCUCAGACUUUUAAGUUAAUUUACUGCCCACCCCGCAACCCUGGCUAGUAACCAGCACCUUUAGGCUUAACCUCCCCCGCAGCUGCCGCCUGAAAAUGACAUUUCGCCGGCGUCUCCGGAGGGGGCUGAAUUUCACUUUGUAACUUUCUGCGGAACCCGAGCCCGGGUGGCAGCUCGGGUAGUGGUAUCGUAUGCAAAUACGCAUGCUGACGUUACAGAUCAUGUGGGUUUUGGCGUAGAUUCCCCACUGAUCGAGACAUUUUUUUUUCCCCUUUUUUUUUCCUUCUUUUUUUUUUUUCUUUUAAAAAAUUUGGCCACUGUUCUCCGUUCAGGGGCUUUUUCUGUCUGUCUGGCAGGCUGGCUUUCCCCCUCUUUCCCACGGAGCCCCAGCCGGGCGCCCGGUGGGGAGUGGGGACUGGGUGGGGGGAGCCAGCAGAGUUCCAUUUUGGAACGCCCGUGCCGCGUCUCCGCGUCUACAGCCCGGGUCCCCGCGUUCCCAGCCCCGCGCAGGUCUUGAUGCACCGACUGCUCCUGGAGUCACAGUGUAAAGAGAUUCCCAGGAUGUAAGCAAUAUGGGAACUGAUAUGAUGCUGCCUCUUUUGUUUAGCCAUUGGAGCAGUUACAAUUUUCUGUGCUGAGAUCAUUCUGAAAACUCAAACACUCGACUUCAGCAUUCAAGGGAAGCCAAAGCCAUUGGAGAGGGAAUAAAGCCAAAAGCUUUUUUAUCUUAUUUGUUCCAAAAAUUGCACUGCCCCUUCCCUAGCUGCCUCCAUCCACCGCCCCUCCCCCCCAAAUAAGCUAUUGCACACAGGCGGCAUGGCAAGCAAACGAAAAUCUACAACCCCAUGCAUGGUUCGGACAUCGCAAGUAGUAGGACAGGAUGUGCCCGAGGAAGGAGACGGGGCCAAAGAAAAGGGACUAAGCACGCCACAGCCUGAAAUGGCCAAGGACAGUUGGGCAAUGGAACCUGACAACUCUUCCAAAGAAAAUGAGGUGAUUGAGGUGAAAUCUACAGGGGAAAACCAAUCCAAAAAACUCCAAGGUGGUUAUGAAUGCAAAUACUGCCCUUACUCCACACAGAACCUGAAUGAGUUCACGGAGCACGUUGACACGCAACACCCCAACGUGAUUCUCAACCCCCUUUAUGUAUGCGCUGAAUGUAACUUCACAACCAAAAAAUACGACUCCUUGUCUGACCACAACUCCAAGUUCCACCCCGGGGAGACCAACUUCAAGCUGAAGUUAAUCAAGCGUAAUAAUCAAACUGUCUUAGAGCAGUCCAUUGAAGCCACCAACCACGUCCCAUCCAUCCCCACCAGUGGCCCCGGAGGCAAUGACAGUGAUCCUGGGAUCUCAGUGAGUAAAACCCCCAUCAUGAAGCCAGGGAAACCGAAAGCUGAUGCCAAGAAGGUGCCCAAGAAGCCAGAGGAAGCUGCCACCGAGAACCACGUGGAAGGGACUGCACGCCUGGUGACAGACGCAGCGGAGAUCCUCUCAAGACUUGGAGGCAUGGACCUCCUCCAGGACACGUUAGGGCAUGUCAUGCCUUCUGUCCAGCUCCCACCAAAUAUCAACCUUGUCCCCAAGGUCCCCGUCCCACUGAAUACCACCAAAUACAACUCUGCCCUGGACACGAACACCACCAUGAUCAGCUCUUUCAACAAGUUCCCUUACCCAACCCAGGCUGAGUUGUCCUGGCUGACAGCUGCUUCCAAACACCCAGAAGAGCACAUCAGAAUCUGGUUUGCCACCCAGCGCUUAAAGCACGGCAUCAGCUGGUCCCCGGAGGAGGUGGAGGAGGCCCGGAAAAAGAUGUUUAAUGGCACCAUCCAGUCCGUACCCCCAACGAUCACCGUGCUGCCCGCCCAGUUGGCCUCCACAAAAAUGUCACAGCCCAUCCUCCAGACAGCUCUACCGUGUCAGAUCCUCGGCCAGACCAGCCUGGUGCUGACUCAGGUGACAAGCGGGUCGACAACUGUCUCCUGCUCCCCCAUCACACUUGCGGUGGCCGGGGUGACCAACCACGGCCAGAAGAGACCUUUAGUGACUCCCCAAGCUGCCCCUGAGCCAAAGCGUCCGUACAUCGCCCAGGUGCCAGAGCCCCCACCUAAGGUGGCCAACCCUUCACUGACCCCAGCCAGUGACCGCAAGAAGACAAAGGAGCAGAUAGCACAUCUCAAGGCAAGCUUUCUCCAGAGCCAGUUCCCUGACGAUGCUGAGGUCUAUCGACUCAUCGAGGUGACUGGCCUUGCCAGGAGCGAGAUCAAGAAGUGGUUCAGCGAUCACCGGUAUCGGUGCCAAAGGGGCAUCGUCCACAUCACCAGCGAAUCCCUUGCCAAAGACCAGUUGGCCAUCGCGGCCUCCCGACACGGUCGCACAUACCAUGUGUACCCAGACUUUGCCCCACAGAAGUUCAAAGAAAAAACACAGGGUCAGGUUAAAAUCCUGGAAGACAGCUUUUUGAAAAGCUCUUUCCCAACCCAAGCAGAACUGGAAAGACUAAGGGCAGAGACCAAGCUAAGCAGGAGAGAGAUUGAAUCCUGGUUCUCGGAGAGGCGGAAGCUCCGAGACAGCAUGGAACAAGCCGUCUUGGAUUCCAUGGGGUCGAGCAGAAAAGGCCAAGAUGUGGUGGCUCCCAAUGGUGCUCUGUCUCGACUUGACCAGCUCUCUGGUGCCCAGUUAGCCAGUUCUCUGCCCAGCCCUUCACCAGCAAUUACAAAAAGUCAAGAACAGGUUCAUCUCCUGAGGAGCACGUUUGCAAGAACGCAGUGGCCUACUCCCCAGGAGUAUGACCAGUUAGCGGCAAAGACCGGCCUGGUCCGAACUGAAAUUGUGCGUUGGUUCAAGGAGAACAGAUGCUUGCUAAAAACUGGAACCUUAAAGUGGGUGGAACAGUACCAGCAGCAGCACGUGGCCAAUGAUCACGGCUACGAGGCUGCAUCAAGGAGAGCAACAAAAGCCGUGGUUGCCGAAAGCCUGAAGAACGGGAGUGAGGGGGGCCAGCAAUAUCACAGGGACCCCAAAAAAGUCUGUCAGGAGGACUUGGAGAAGUUGGUACCCAGAGUGAAAGGGAGCCACGAGCAAGCAAAAGACAGUUUGGUGGCCAAGUCUUCGGAGGUCACUUCGGACAGAUCUGAGGGCAGCAGCCGGGAUGGCCAGGGCAGCGAUGAGCACGAGGAGGCAGGCGUUGUGGACUGGGUGGAGGUGACAGUCGGAGAGGAGGAUGCCGUCUCAGACAGGUCGGACAGCUGGAGUCAGACUGCAGCCGAAGGCGCAGCAGAGCUGGCCGACUCGGACUCCGACAGUGUCCCUGCCGAGGCUGGCCAGGCCUAGCCAGGGAAGCCCCUCAGAACUGCUGUGCUGAUAAAGGGGAUGCUCUACCUUUGAAGAAAGAAGAGAACUUCCCUCCCCGGCCAUCCUGGCCCGAGACUCCAAGUGGAAUUACUUAGCUCGCGUGUGCCUGCAGGAUUCGGGAACCCCAGCUGCUUUCACAUGCACCUCGCAGAGGACCGGUGGGAAUUGUUCAUAGUGCCAAAGUCCUACUACUGCGUUUUCAGUGGGUCCUUGUACAUAGUUUGCUCCUCUGCCCUGGCCCCUGGCUCUUGCUAUACUGGAAUCUAUUUGUACAACAUGGGACUUUUGUUACCUUUUUAAUCGAGCGCAACUUCCUUUUCCAGCACUACCAUGGUAAGGUUUUUUUCUGGGAGGGAGGGCUGGGCACAUGUGUUUUUCUAUUUUUUCUUCUUUUCCUUUUUAUUUUAUUAAUUUGUGGGAGGGGGGAAUGUUAGUAUUAGUGCCAUUAUAUCUACCGGAUUUUAGGUAGGGAGAGUUCAUUUUUAAAGGUAGUUUGAAAUGUGGGAGAUUUCUCAGUGGAAAGGGCUGGACCUCAGGGUCUGGCUCAACUCAAAGAGGAUUUACGGACAGUAGAACUUCCAAAUCAGUCCAUUUCUGGUUCUUCCCCCAGCCACCUUCGGGGUCCCUGUUUUGCCUCGUGCACAGCUUACUCGGCCACCAAGAGGUCCAUCUAGCUUCUCACCUACCUGGCCUUGUAGGUCCAACCUUGGGCCAAGCCGGCACCCGGAGAACUGGGUGUCAGACGGCUGUUCUCUCUAAGCUCCUUUUUAGAUACCAGCAGAAAGGGCUCUCCCAUUUGUUAGCAUUACUAUUAAUUUUAUGAAUUUAAAACAAAAAGAGAGAUCUUCCUAUCUAGAUGGUACAAACAUGAAUAGCCUUGGUUUUCAUUUCUGUCCCUAACUGCCUUUUCUCAGUGUGGUAUUUGACAAGAUUUCAGCUUGAAGCCUCACCAUGAAUUGAUUUUGUUUGUGUAUUUGUUUUGGGCCAAUUUUAGAUUCCUGAGUGCACUUUUUUUCUUUUUUUUUCUUUUUUUUGUUAGUCCUAACUUUUAAAGAAGAAAAACCAAGAGACCUAUCUGGUGUCAAUGUUGCAAUAUGAAUUGUGUUUGCAAUCCCUUGCCCCACCCACUGUUCCCCAUUUGAAUCCACUGCACAGAUAAAAUGCUAGGGAGUUUGAAAAAAAAAAAGACCUUUUUUCUAACUUGUUGCUCAUUUGUUGUUAACUCAAUAAAGCAAAAGACUAAGCAUUUUUAUAACCUUUUCCUCUGCCCC